UAAGUAUAUGUAACAUAUACGGGGUCCUACUCCCAACCACUCGUUGUUCUGCUGAGUGACUGACCAUCUUCUGUACCAUUGUUUCUCCCUUGCUGACUGCUGUUGAUACAAAAUGGGACCCAAAAAGCGAAGAACGAAGCAACCCAAACUAUUCACUGUCGGCGACACUAUCCCAAUCGGACCAGGAAUUGAAUUCCGGCACGAUGAAGAUGAUGCAUGGUACAAUGUUCAGAUUGUACUAAUAGCCGAUACUUUAAUCGUUAAAUUCGUGGAAUUUCCAGAUGAUGAAGAUGUCCAGUUUCAUGUCGCUGAUUUCAUCGAUUAUGACGAAAUUUUCAAAUUUCUUCGACGUUUUCGACCGUUGUGUUUGCAAUUAGAGGGUUCGGAUUGUUCAGAGGUUAAAUUGGGUAUUAGAGUUUGUGCUCUUUUGGAUUUGGGUGAUAAUGGCCGACGGUAUUUCGACGCCAUUGUUGAAGGGGUGAAACGUAAGGAGCAUACAAUCAUGGAUGGAAUUGAGAAUUGCUCGUGUUCUGUUGUUCUUUCAUGGAUGCAUGGUCCAAAAGCAGGGACACUGACAUUAGCUAGAGUUGAGGACCUUUGCCUUAUUCGGUCUCAGAAACAGCUUGAUCCUCGGCUUGCUUGCUUUUCGGAACUAGUUAAGUGGAAACAUGGAAUAACAUUGCCUAAGUUGAUCACUGAGGAUAUAAAUCAGAUAUCAGAAGGUGAAAAACCGAUGGGAGAAGCGUUGUCACAUGAUGGAGAUAUUUUGGGUUAUGAAAGCAGUGAAGACAUAGAUCUCGGAGGAGGAGAUCGUGCCCCUGCAAAACGUAGGCAAAAUAGAGACUAUAAUAUUGGCUCGAUGGAUAAAGAAGCAUGCUCUUUUUUUGUCGUUGAUAAUUUGGAAAAGGAUGUAACCCCCUCAACAAUUUCGGACUUUAUACGAGAACAAACCGGUGUUGAAAUUGAUGCUUUUGUCUUCUUGAGUUUCCCAUCACAGACAUAUACUAGAGGAGCUCUUGUCGUUGAUUCUGAUGAGCAUCUUGAGAUUUUGUGUAAUUUCGUGGCUAAAUCAGAUCAAAUGAUCACAUCGUCAAAGGGAAGGCCAUGGGUUGUGCUUGAUUCUUCAGCAAAUGAAUGGGUGAGGCCUUCUUUUUGGUGCUUGGAACCAGAACAUCAGAACGGAAAGCUGCAGUCAGCUGAUGACGGAUUGAAAGUUGUCAAGUUAGGGAGCGAGGAAUACCGCAAGGCAGAGAAGCUGAGGGAGUUGUUUCUAAACUUCACAGACCAUCAGGAGAAACUAUUUGAAAGGUUGGUGAUGGAAGAGCAACGUAUACUAGAUGGCUGAAUCACAAAUUUCAUAGGCCCUUUCGAAAUAUAGCUAUAGAUAAAUUGUGUAACCUAUGACAAUAAUUGGGACUGAUGUAUUAGUUUAUAUAGUUGACCAUAAUUUUCUAUGUCAAGGCUUUGACAUUGUGAUUGUAAUUGUCGAGUUUGUAUGGGAGUAGUGUUUACUAACAAGUACUCCCUUUGUUCUUAAUAUUUUGCAACAGUUGCUUUCUGAGCAUUGAUCGUUAAUCAGUUUAAAUUUGUAUUUCA